CAAACACAAUUCAGGUUCCACUGUUUAUUAUUCUCGCUUUUCUCUUUCAGAAAAAACAAACACUUUCUCUCGAACAAUCGUUUGUUUUUUCGUUUUCUAGAAAAUCAGAGAGAUGAAGCAAAGUAGUAGUUGUGAAGUUUGGAGAUGGAACAAGGAAGCAGAGAUGAAUGCGAUGAGCGAUUGUUUGAAACAUUGUAGUUUCAUCGCUAUAGAUACAGAGUUUCCGGGAUGUUUAAAAGAGACUCCCAUGGAAGCUAGUGAGGAAACUCGUUACAGAAACAUGAAGUACAAUGUCGAAAACACCAAUCUCAUUCAGUUAGGUUUGACAAUAUUCGCUGGAGAAUUUUCUAAAACUUGGGAAAUUAACUUCUCAGAUUUCAACGAGUGGAAGGACUUGAAGAACGAGAAAUCUAUCGCGUUUCUGAAAAGUAAUGGUCUGGAUCUGGCGAAGAUCAGAGAGGAAGGAAUUGGAAUCGAAGAAUUCUUCAAGGAGUUUACUCAGAUGAUUCUCAAGGAGAAGGAGAAGAAGAUGACUUGGGUGACUUUUCAAGGCUCGUACGACAAGGCUUAUCUAGUGAAAGGCUUAACCGGAGGAAAACCAUUGCCGGAGACUUUGGAAGAGUUUGACGAAACGGUUGAGAGGCUUUUGGGAGAACGUGUUUAUGAUGUGAAGAAAAUGGCUGGAUUAUGCAGAGGACUAAGUAGCCGUUUCGGACUGCAGAGAAUAGCAGAUGCGUUUCAGAUGAGCCGUGUUGGAAUGGCUCAUCACGCUGGCUCAGACAGUGAAUUAACGGCUCGUGUCUUCACCAAGUUGACUUUCGAUUUGUGCAAGAGAAACCAGAGUCUAAGACCUGAUGAUCUGCUAUAUCAACAAGACCUUAUGAUGACUUUAGAUUUGCACAAUAGAAAGCUGCGUCUAAGACCUGAUGAUCUGCUAUAUCAACAAGACCUUCUGAUGACUACAUGCUAUCUCCCACAGCCGCCACCUAUACCGAGACCGGUGAUGUUUGCUGCUCACCCCAACCCGUAUUUUGGUGGUGGUUACUAUGGGAUGCCGGUCCGAGGAAUGAACUAUGUAUGAUAUGAUGAUCCCUCAAUGUUUAACAUGACUUGCUGCUCAUUCUUGUUUUAUCACAUCUUUCUUUUAAUACUUAAGAUUAACUUUCAUUUUUUUCA